GACUGCGAAUCCCAUCAUAGCUUAUUGUGCUUAUUCCAGCCAUUAUCAGAGAAAGGGGGAUGCAAAUGGGGUCAGGAAAGCAGGGAUUUAUCUUUACUUUGUUCAGCUUUAAUGUGUAGCUAUAAUGGCAAGAAAGACAGUGAGUAUAGGUGCAGAAAAGUAAACCGUUAAUCGGGUCCACUGGUCUGGUGGGAGGACAUCAUUGUGAGUUUUCCUGUGGACUCUAAAAAUGAGCAGUAUAAAGGAAAAGGGGACUAUUCGGCAGCAGAGCUCCGAGAAUAACUCUGUGAGCAGCAGUGAGUGGGACAUGGCAAACGAUGUGUUUGUGUCCGGUUUUGACGACAGCGUGUUAUCGGACAGCAUCGGUGAUGGGGACCAGGAGUCGGCACAGUCCAGCUUACUGGACACGCGUCUGCCCUUGGAUGGGAUGAUGUUGGGCCUGGAUCGGGUUGAAUAUUCUGCCUCAUCCUAUCUGGAUUUCGAGCCAAACUACACCGAAAGCGAUGGCAACCUUACAACCAAAAAGCGCAUCCGGUCCAACAGCUCCCGGCACCGCGGUGACAUCGUUACAGAGCUGGGACCAGAGGAGGUCCGCUGGUUUUACAAAGAGGACAAACGGACGUGGAAGCCUUUCGUCGGACACGAUUCUUUAAAAAUCGAGAUCAUCUACCGGCGGCUCGUUGACCAGAACCAGGAUAAGGCCGUGGAUCCCAAUGAAGCCGACGAAAAGGAGACAACCGGGUCCUCUGAGCUGCAGCCGGAAAGCUCGGCCGUGGACAGUACAAGUUUCAGGGCGGAACCGGCAGUGCAACAGCUCUCAGUGUCAGAGCAAAUCACAGAGCCGGUCCACAACGGCGGCACCAGCGUGGAGGCAGUGUGUGUCAGAGGGGGCCUUUAUGAAGUGGAUAUCAAAGAAAAGGAAUGCUACCCUGUUUAUUGGAACCAGCAAGACCGAAUUCCUGUGAUGAGGGGCCAGUGGUUCAUUGAUGGAACUUGGCUUCCACUGGAGGAGGAUGAGAGUGAUCUGAUUGAGCAGGAACACCUUUUACGCUUCCGGGGGCAACAGAUGAGGGACACCUAUGAGAUCGAGGCAGUGACCACCACAGUGGACAGCAAGGACGCUAUCCACAGUCUGAAGCUGAACAGGAGUCAUGUGGACUGGCACAGUGUGGAUGAGGUGUAUCUGUACAGCGAUGCCACCACCUCGAAGAUUGCACGUACUGUAACUCAGAAACUGGGCUUCUCUAAAGCCUCCAGCAGUGGGACACGUCUCCAUCGAGGGUACGUGGAAGAGGCUGCACCUGAAGACACCCCACCUGAAACCACACACAUUGUAUUUGUGGUGCAUGGCAUUGGCCAGAAGAUGGACCAGGGUCGCAUUAUCAGGAACACCAGCAUGAUGAGAGAUGCUGCCAGAAAGAUGGAGGAAAAACACUUCUCAGAUCGCACCACAGAGCAUGUAGAGUUCCUUCCUGUGGAGUGGAGGUCCAAACUGUGUCUCGAUGGAGACACGGUGGACUCCAUCACUCCAGACAAGGUUAGAGGUCUAAGAGACAUGUUGAACAGCAGUGCCAUGGACAUCAUGUACUACACAAGUCCUCUGUACAGAGAUGAGAUUACCAGGGGAUUGACUCUGGAACUGAAUCGUCUGUACUCACUCUUCUGCUCACGGAACCCAGACUUUGAGAAAAAUGGGAAGGUGUCCAUAGUGUCUCACUCACUGGGCUGCGUCAUCACCUUUGACAUAAUGACGGGCUGGGAUCCAGUUCGCUUUCAUCAUCCAGAAGCCCUAGACCCAGAGGAUCCACAGAUCCACUGGCCUACUGAUGAAAAGCACCACCUUCAGGAGCAACUGAGACUAACGCGCCUCAGGUUGAGGGACUUAGAGGAUCAGUUCCAGGGUCUGCAGACUUCGUCUUGUGUUCCAGUGCCCGCCUUGAAAUUCAAGGUAGAGAAUUUCUUCUGCAUGGGGUCUCCUCUGGCUGUAUUCUUAGCAUUGCGAGGAAUCCGUCCUGGAAACAAUGGCAUGCAAGACCACAUCCUUCCAAAAUCUAUCUGCAAUCGCCUCUUUAACAUAUUCCACCCUACGGACCCUGUGGCGUACAGACUGGAGCCUCUAAUCUUAAAGCACUACAGUAACAUUGCACCUGUUCAGAUCCACUGGUACAACACUACCAACCCGGCACCGUAUGAUCUGAUCCGGCCCACGCUGCUCAAUCCCCUGAAGGAGACUGUGUCUGUCUCAGAUUCAGAGAGCAUCCCUAGCCCUUGCACGUCUCCCCCCCAGCCCCGACGGCACUAUGGAGAGUCAAUCACCAGCCUGGGCAAGGCCAGCAUCAUGGGUGCUGCAAGUCUCGGAAAGGGAAUUGGAGGAAUCCUAUUUUCCCGCUUUUCCCGUUCCAGCGGCCAGGUGGGUGGAGUGGAGGAGGAGCCAUCAGAUUCUGAGAGUGGGACCUCUGACGUAAAAAAUGUGGGAACAGGAGAGGAAGAAGUAGCAAUGGCAGAGAAAGAAGACAAAGACAAACAAAUAAUGGAGGAAAGAAGGGAGGUGGAGCCUGCCAUGUCCCAGUCCACCUCAGCUGUCAUGGACAUCACCUCAUUGGAAUUGGAGAGACGCAUUGACUUCGAGCUGCGGGAGGGAUUAGUAGAAAGCCGCUAUUGGUCAGCUGUGACUUCACAUACAGCCUAUUGGUGCUCAUAUGAUGUGGCUCUGUUUCUCCUCACCUUUAUGUACAGACAACAUGAGCUUCCUGAACCUGCUGAAGACAACUUAGACGCUACAUAAGUGCAAAGUGAGAGUGGGACCUGUACACCUGAGUCAAUUUACUUUCUUUUUCCAACUUUUGAAAUCCAAAUUCAAUUUCAAAAAUGUUGGGAUGCUGUAUAAAAUGUAAAUGAAAACAGAAUUUUCAAAUUUCAAAUUCCGUUUUAUUCACAAUGCAACAAAGAAAACAUAUCAGAUGUUAACACUGAGAAAAUUUACCAUAAAAAAACCAAGGCCUUUUUAAUUUUAUUGUAACGAAGUCUCAAAAAAGUUUGCACAGUUUCACGUUUACCACUGUGCACCACUACCUUUUCUGCAAAGGUUUGUUGUAGCUAGACUUCUGCAAGAGGAAUGCUGCCUCCUUCUUUUCUGAUAAAUCUAUGUUGUGUUGCUCUAAAACCUCUGUAUACAUUUCAGCAUUGAUGGUGCCUUCCCAGAUACAUAGGUUGCCAAUUACAUAGGCACAAAUGAACCCCUGUACCAUCAGAAAUGCAGGCUUUUAACUGGGUGCUGAUAACAAGCUGGGUGAUGCCUCUUAUCAUUAGUCCUGAGGAUAAGGUAUUCAUGUUUUCCAAAAACAAUUAAAAAAUUUCUGUUGUGUGUUCACAGAACGUUUUUCUAUUUUGUCCAUUCUGAGACAAAGAAUGGACUGAGACUGUCUUCUCUGAGCUUUGACCCAGAGAAAAGUGAUCAUGUUCACAUAUGGCUUCUUUUUUGCAUAAUAGAGCUUUAAUCUGCAUAUGUAGAUGGCACAACAAACUGUGUUCAGACAGUGAUUUCUGGAAGUGUUCCUGAACCAUGCAGGGAUUUCCAUGACAGAAUUAUGCUUGGGGACCUAAAGACCACCAAUCUCAUAAAUCCUUGAGGAGACUGCUGUUGUAAUUUGGUACUAUAUAAAUUAAAAUUAAAAUAACAUCACUCUAAAACCCUAACCACUAACUCUCUGAUGGCGGCUUGUUGUUGGUUCACUGCUGUAUAGUUCUACCUCCUUUGCACCGAAUAUAUAUGUGCAGCAUGGCUUCUUUAAUGGUUCCUCCUCCUUUUGUAAUAGCGAUGCUAAAUUUAGCCUGUUUGUAGUUUUGGAGACCCAGCACUGCACCCUUGAAAAACCUGUACCUAGCCAGGCCCCUGUAGUUGGUGUAGGAGAAGGUAGUUUUACAAAUGUGUGCCUUAAAGCAGAUAUCCUAUAAACUGGAGAGGAAAUGGUGUUUCGACACUGUGUCAAGCUUGUGAAGUGCAGAUGUUUUGAAACACUGCUCCGAAGCAUGGUUCAAAACACCUGGGUCACAUGACCACAACUAAACAAGGUUUUGGUGCACUUCACCCCAAUUUCAACCGGUGCCAAACCUGCUCCUUCUAGGUAUUACAAAGCACCAGGAUUCCAAUGUUUCAAGAAUCUGAGUCAUUUGUAAUUACUGAAUUAAUGUUUAUGAUACUAUUACUUCAAUUAAACACUGGAAUCUAUAGUGUAAUCAAUCCAAUAUUAUAUAGAUAUAUACAUAAUAUGUAAGGACCUCUUUUGAAUGAUUACUAGCAUUAAGACAGAGACUGGGGGCUUCUAGCACGAAGCUGACACUAACACCUGGAAAGCUUCAAAAUCAACUGAAGACGUCCAAAGUUUGAAGGCUUUGAGGAAAAAACGAGACAGACUGAGCUCCAGACAGCUGGAAACCUCUGUGGUUAUUCCAGUAAACACAGCGGCCUUUUCUAAGAAUGAUUUACUUUGUAAAUUAAGUUGCUGAAAGCAAUAUGACUAUUAACAGAGGAAGAAUUUUGCUGAAGUACACCGAUCACUAUAGUCACAGGCUGCCACCCAUCUUUAACGGUCCCAAUAUUUUUCUGGCCUCCAAAAUAUGUGUUGAUCAUAAUUAUUAACAGUCUGGUAUAAUAAGAAGCUUUGUUUGGAAUUGUGCAGAGCUUGUCUGUGCCAGUGUAGUGUACUGGUGUAGUGAAAGUUGGCCAGCAGAUGUCAUCAUGGAGACGGGUUUCAGAUUGUUUCAAAGCCUCAAUACAUCUCUGGCACAAAUGCUUUGAGUGUUUCAGUGUUUCACAAAGUCUUACUUUGCCCAUCUAUAGGUUUGAUUUACCCCGUUAUAACUGCCCUAACACACAACAAACACAGGGGACAUAACUACUGGCUGAUCAGUCCAGACACAUAAGGUAAUAACAAAUUCUAACAAAUUAUGUAACACCAAACAAAACAAAAUAACUGUUAGUUUAAUAACCUCUUCAAAUCACUAAUACUCAACAGAAUACAAAGUAAAUAGACAACUCAUAAGUCAAAGGAAAUGUACAACUUAAAAUUAAUUAUAUAUUCUCCCCCAUGUAAAAGGUACACUUGGUAUGGCCCAAUCAGCUCUUCCUGUAUAUAAGUAUCCCAGAAUGCAUAUUGUUUUGCCCAACUUCAGCUGUGUUGCUGCACAUGCAGCUGUCACAAGCCUAGGAAAGUUUGUUCUGUUGUCUUAUGUGGAAAAUUGUGAGAUGCACAUGUUUUUGUUCUUUUGUGCUGGCCUACAUCACCAUCAUUUGAUGCGUCAAGUUUAGAUUAACCAUGGCAGAAUUGCUACUGUAAAAGGAGCCACAAUUAAAAGGACUUCGUGGUCAAUAUGGGCAGGAGAAAUAACUGCAGCCACAAAAGUUUGCCCUUUAUUAUUUAAGAAAAAAAAUUUAAUGUAAUUUAAUGUUAUAGCAGCCUGGGUGUUUUAUUAUCAUGUUGAAAUUGAAUACUGUUUGUGUCACUAAUGGCGUAACUGGCUGCAAAAUAUUUGUGAGUUGCCUUGGAGGUGAUACAGCUUGAAUCCUCACUGUAAUCAGUAUUAUUGCAUAAAAUAUAAUAAAUAAAAACAUGAAAAUAUAUAUUUAUAAAAUAAAAAUGAAAUUAUAAUAUACAAAAAUGACCCUUCUAUCAGAACAGAGGCAAAAAGGCAAAAUAUAACAGUGAAUGCCUAGUGUGAGUCUAUAUAUUAGUAAAAACUAAAACCUGUUUGUAGAUUCUGUGUUACCCAGAGAAUAGCUUUGUGCGCCAAUUCAAUUUUAAACAAUUUUCUUAAAGGCCACUUUACCUAACUCAAAGCAUUCAAUGGAGAUGUGCCAUGUACAUUAGCUGAACUGUAAAGACACAAGCUUGCAGAGAAGCUGACACUAACACCUGCCACUAAAUUUGCUAAUGUACUAUGCGUACAUUAGAAUUCAGAGAAAAGUUUAACCUGCCAGUUAAAUGUUUUAAACUUGUUUUCACUGAUCCCUUGUAAUAUGUGUUUGCACUUUUGUUUUUUAGUUGAAACCCAUUAUAUGUGAUGUCCUAUAUAUGCAUCGGUGUAGAGAAUUUGGGGGCCAACAAAAAUGAGGAGAAAGCUAACAACAACAACAAAAAACAGUUUCAACCAAGAGAGGUCUAAGUUCUGCACAGUAAGGAUACAUUAUAUAUCCUUUCUGUGUGUAGAACAGUUCUGAAUUUGAGAAUAGGUUGUUGUUCGUUUGUUUUUGCAUUUUUAGCUUGUACCUUAAAAAGUCCAGUCAGCUUGUCAAUUUUUUUGAAUACCAAAACCUAUAAAAAGUACCCUUGGAUUCAAAUGUACUAUUAUUUUAAAUGUUUGUAAAAAUAUAGUGAUGUUUUCAGCAUCAGUUUAAUAUUGAAUAAAAUCAGAUCUAAUAUCAAAUAUGUUGGACAUGAAAUAUUAUGUUUUCUAAAAAUUGCUAGGAAAAGGCCCUAAAUGUCUGAUGAUGUGGGGUGGCCAAAUACUCUGCAUUGCUGUAAAAGGUAGCAUAGCAAGGAUACAUGGUAAAUGAAGACGGUUUUCAUGAAUGAUGCAUGAUGAUACAUACUGUAUGACUUUAAAUCAUAGAAUCAUUAGAUUGCAUUAUUAACAGUACUGGGUGGCAGACUGCCCUUUAACUAUCACUGGUGCUGAUGGUGGUCCCCUCUGCUGCGGGUAUCUUUUGCGUUGGAAUGUGACUGGAGGCUUUUCUCCUUUUCUGCAUCACCCUGUGAUAGGUUUGUAGCUUAAACCCAUUCGCUGGAACGUUCAAGACAAUUCAACUACACAGCAAAAGCAAGACACGAGUAGGCAAAGUUCUUUGUGUUACUCAUGCAUGAGGGAGGCCUGCCUGGAGCCAAGUGUCGUUCCACCCAUUGACCUCCGUCAGCCUCUCAGCCAGGUUCCCUGUAGCACUCCUUUUAUUGUGGUCACAUGAAUAUGCAUAGGUUCAUUAACAUAUGACGUUUCAUAUAGGUAUACAUGUGGACAAAGAAUAACUUGUCUGUGUGUGUGUGUGUGUGUG